ACAUGCCGUUCGGUCUUCAAGAUGCUUGCCCCUUUAUUCCCGUGGGUCACUGGAGGACCCUUCUCCCUCUGCUGUCUCUUCCAGACGCUGUGUUCCUGAUACUGUACAAAGAGCUGUACUACAGGCACAUAUACGCCAAAGUCAGCGGGGGCCCCUCCUUGGAGCAGAGGUUUGAAUCCUACUACAACUACUGCAAUCUCUUCAACUACAUUCUCAAUGCCGACGGCCCUGCUCCGCUCGAGCUGCCCAACCAGUGGCUCUGGGACAUCAUCGAUGAGUUCAUCUACCAGUUCCAGUCGUUCAGUCAGUACCGCUGCAAGACUGCAAAGAAGUCAGAGGAGGAGAUUGACUUCCUUCGUUCCAAUCCCAAAAUCUGGAACGUCCACAGUGUCCUCAAUGUCCUUCAUUCCCUGGUGGACAAGUCCAACAUCAACCGGCAGCUGGAGGUGUACACGAGUGGAGGUGACCCCGAGAGCGUGGCCGGGGAGUACGGGCGGCACUCCCUCUACAAGAUGCUGGGCUACUUCAGCCUGGUGGGCCUCCUGCGCCUGCACUCGCUGCUGGGCGACUACUACCAGGCCGUCAAGGUCCUGGAGAAUAUCGAGCUGAACAAGAAGAGCAUGUAUUCCCGUGUGCCCGAGUGCCAGGUCACCACGUACUAUUACGUUGGUUUUGCAUAUCUGAUGAUGCGUCGCUACCAGGAUGCCAUCCGCGUCUUUGCCAACAUCCUCCUCUACAUCCAGAGGACCAAGAGCAUGUUCCAGAGGACCACGUACAAGUACGAGAUGAUCAACAAGCAGAACGAGCAGAUGCACGCGCUGCUGGCCAUUGCGCUCACCAUGUACCCCAUGCGCAUCGACGAGAGCAUCCAUCUGCAGCUCCGGGAGAAGUACGGGGACAAGAUGCUGCGCAUGCAGAAGGGGGACCCGCAGGUCUACGAGGAGCUCUUCAGCUACUCCUGCCCCAAGUUUCUGUCGCCGGUGGUGCCCAACUACGAUAACGUGCACCCCAACUACCACAAGGAGCCCUUCUUGCAGCAGCUGAAGGUGUUUUCCGAUGAGGUGCAGCAGCAGGCCCAGCUCUCCACCAUCCGCAGCUUCCUCAAGCUCUACACCACCAUGCCUGUGGCCAAGCUGGCCGGCUUCCUGGACCUCACGGAGCAGGAGUUCCGUAUCCAGCUCCUUGUCUUCAAGCACAAGAUGAAGAACCUGGUGUGGACCAGCGGUAUCUCCGCCCUCGACGGCGAGUUCCAGUCCGCCUCUGAGGUCGACUUCUACAUUGAUAAGGACAUGAUCCACAUCGCGGACACCAAAGUCGCCCGGCGCUAUGGGGACUUCUUCAUCCGGCAGAUUCACAAAUUUGAGGAGCUCAACCGAACCUUGAAGAAGAUGGGCCAGCGGCCCUGAGCGCUCCUGGAAUUGCGGUGUGGGACCUGUUCUGCUCUCGCCAAGUGGAGCCACCAGGUCUAGGUGGGACGUGUUUUUGCCACUGUGAUGCCUUUGCCUGUGCAGCCGUCGGCCAUUCGGCUCAAUGAGGCUCUUGAAUUAAGGGCCGCAGUGUUUUAAAUAGGUCUCAGUAAACACUUAUUUGAAACCA